AUGAAGGCGUCUGUGAUCUGCUUCUUGUUCCUGUUCGGUGCGGCGGUAACCGACAUGGCCAGCGAAUGCAACUUAGCCGGCUUCUACCAGGAGCUGGGCUGCACACCGAUCCCAAACGCAGACAACAGCACCAAGUGUCCAGACGCAUUCGCAUGCCCCGACCUCCAUCCCGACCCUAGCAUGUGCUAUUACAGAGGUGUCCCGUACAAAGACCGCUCGCUGAUCCCGCAGAGCGCGAUCAAGAACCCGUGCUCGCUGGCGUGCCAGUGCAGCGUUUCCGGCAAGCCGCGGUUCGACUGCGCCGCCGUGGACUGCGUGGAGACGUUCGACGUCGACAUGCAGCAGCAAUGUAUAAACACAUACGAAUUGGACUCGUGUUGCAGCACGGGCACUGUUUGCGGAAAAGAUUCGAUAGCGGGCCUAAGGACUUGCGAAGUGGACGGUCAGACGUACAGGGAGGGCGAGCCCUUCGAGCCAAAGAACAGCCGCAAGAGCUGCGUGUGCACGGCGCAGUGGAACGGGACACUGGAGGACCCGGGCAGCUGCCGGGACAUCAACUGCGGCAUCGAGAUCCACUACCAGGAUCAGCUGCUCCGGAACUGCGCCCCCAUCUUCCUUAGCAGCGACGCCGCUUGCCCGAUCGCCUUCACCUGCCCAACUACGGGGUCCAAAGUGAUCCGCGGUUUGAACCUGCGCGCCGUGAGCUCGCAGUGUGUCUUCGGGAACGUGACCUUGUCCGUAGGGGACGAGGUCACCGUGGACGAAAAGUGUACGAAGUGCACAUGCAACGUGCCACCGUUCGUCUCCUGCACCAAGAAGAACAACUGCAGCGAA